AUGCCAGAGUUCCCAGUCGUCCAUGGCGUCACAGUUGCGGUAGCACCACCGGAUGACUACGAUGUCGACUUUGAGCACCCCAAGAGGCGACAUGAGAUCGAGUCGUAUGUGGUAUCGGGUCUCGGUAUGGCGAUAGCGGCCCUUUUCUUCCUUCAGUUCAUGUACGUCAAGUUGGGGCUUCUCCGGAAAGCAGAUGGAGAGACAGCAUGCCUUAUUCUCGCGUGGCUAUCUUCUAUCGCGGUUCAAGCCGUGGCCCUUCUGCAUGCAUGGGAACUCUCCCUUGAUGACUACAUCUUCGGGAGCAAGUUCAUGGUCAUCUCGCCCAUUCUCUAUGCAAUCUGCACUGGCGCUUCCAAGAUGUCGCUGAUCCUCUUCUACCGCAAGCUCUCACCGCAACGCUGGUGGAAGUGGAGCCUGUACUUUGUUCUCUUCCUUGUGGCCGGGUACAACAUCUCGAUAUUCUUCGCCAUAAUCUUUGGCUGCCGACCCUUCAACAAGCAUUGGGAUGUGAGGGUGACUGAGGGAAGCUGCGUGAACCGACCGGCCAUUUACAUUUGCACUGCAGCGCUUGGUAUCGCGUCGGAUCUCCUGUUGUUGGUGAUGCCGAUGCCUAUGAUCAUGCGCUUGCAAAUGCCACCGAGGCAAAAGGCUGGUCUGGUCCUGCUGUUUGGGAUUGGAUCUGCCACACUUGUGACGUCGAUUGUUCGGUUGAUACUCUUGAUGCCGAUUCUCACCACCACGGACACGACCUGGGUUAUUUCCAGUGCCGUGGUCUGGAUCUAUGUUGAAGCCAACCUUCUUGUGAUAUGCGCCUCAUUAACAACGCUCCGACGGUUCUUCAUUCACGUGGCACCCAAGCUCAUCGGUGAACGAGGGUCGUCGGCUGGGUAUGCUGCAAGCGGCAGCAAAGGAACGCGAGGGCACCCGUUCCGGACGAUCGGAAGCGUCGCAAACAGAGGAAAAGUCGACAAAUACGGAAUGGAUAUUGAAGAAGCCGGCUUCGACUUGAAGACGAUUGGUCAGGCCGAACCAACAGAGACCGAGGUCAAGGCCUAUGAAACAGGUGCUCAGCCGCAAAAGAUGAUCAAGCACCUUCGACGACAAGAGUCCAUCAACAAAUUUGGAGACGCUGCAUCUGAAACGCGGCUUUGGGAUCCACGCAAGGACAGUGAUGAGGGCGACCGGGCGAUUGUUCAGACGACGACUGUGACGGUCGUGUAUGAGGAUCGGGGUCAAAGAGGCCUCUGA